AAAAGAAAAAAAACUUUUUUGUAUCGAAGGAAUCAACAGCCGCCAUCUUGUCGUGGCUCGGAAUUAGGAUUUCUGUCCAACACUGGUUUUUACCUAGAAACCGAGCGUCCUUUCUGCGCUAUGAGAGCGUCCUUCACCGGAAAACGGAAUCUUAACGUCGCCUCGGAGACAUUUUGAGAGAAAAAACGGGAACUGGAUCGGUGGUCGUCGGGCAGAAAAGCUCCGUAUAUGUGAUUUCCCCGUCAGAGUGCGGCGAUUCAGCCCCUGUCGCCGUCCGGGAGCAGCAUUGUUUACCAGGACAAGCGGAGACCGGGUCGUGGCUUUCGAGGGGAUUUGCAAGAAGACGACAUUUUUAUGCAGUCGUGCAUUUUUGCGGAGCUUCGCGCGAUUUUUGCACGAAGAAAUUUGACGUCACGCAAAAUGGGCACUUUGAACCUCUAGAAAUUGCGACUUUCCCCCCGGAGCGCUGAAAUCCACCAGAUGUUAUCGCAUCGUCACUGUGAAGUCGGCUCUUUACAUGGGGGAUAUUUUAUUCUGCGGUAUAUAACGAUGAUAAUGUGGGUGUUGGGUGUUGGAUUAUCAUGGGGUGAAUGGCGUUGGCGAAGCGGGGCGCUAUUGCAUCUCUUUUGAAAGGCACUGACUCUCGCGGCGAGGAGUAGCUAACGCUAACAGUUAACUUAGCUGGUAGCGGGCAGUUAGCAAGCUACUUGCCAGUUAGUUAACGUUAGCAGGCUGCCAGCUUGCUAAUGUGCUAACUGGGGAGGUUCGUGUCGAUAGAACAACUUCCCUGUCACAAGGACAACACAACUAUAUCAGCUUUGAACCUGCGGCCGGACAAGCGAGCGACUAUGGCUGAAAACCUGCUGGACGUCGGACCUCCCAACUCCAAGCGGCCGAAGCUGAAUUCACCUGCCCUGUCAGCGUCUGAUGGACAAGAUCUGGGAUCACUAUCCUGGGAUGAUUUGGAGAAUGACCUACCAGAUGAAUUGAUCCCUAAUGGUGGAGAUCUAAACCUGAUGGGUGGGAUGCCUUCAAAUGGUGGAGCAGCACCUGGAGCUGGGCCAGGUGGCACCCCUGCAGGCCUUGGUGGCGGCCCUGUAGUCCCAGAUGCAGCUGCCAAGCACAAGCAGCUCUCAGAGCUCCUUCGAGCGGGUAGCACCUCCAGUAUCACUGCUGCAGGGCUGAACUCGGCUAGCCCUCAGCCAGGCGGAAUGGGGCCUCAGCUGGGUAAACCGCUGGGUAAGAGCCCCCUUGGCCAAGGCUCCCCCAACAACCACCCGUCCCCACAGGCCCAAAAAGCGGGAACACCAACUGGAAUAGCAGGACAGAACAACAACAAUACUACUGCAACAAUGGGCUUCAACCAGGCAAUGAUCAACAAUAGCCAGGGACAUGCCGGGCUGCUGUCCCAGGGAGGGCAGCCCCAACCUGGGCAGGUUAUGAACGGUAGUCUCGGACCUGGAGCUGGGAGAGGACGGGGAGCAGGAAUAGCAGGCCUGCAGUACCAGGGACAGACGAUGCAGGGAGCCUCGGCAGGAGCCGGAGGAGCAGCUAGUGCUUUGGCAGAGACACUCAGCCAGGGAGGGCAGCAGAUGGGAGCUCAUGCCACCCUUAAUGCAGCCCAACAAGCAGGCAACAUGAACAAGAUGGGCCUAGCAAGCAAUGGGGGUCCGUUUGGCACUCAGCCCUACAGUCAGGGUGCCACAGGGCCGGGCCAGAAGCUAAACCCUCAGCAGCAGCUCCAGAACAAGGCUGCUCUUGCCAACAGUCUGCCACCCUUCCCCAGCGAACUCAAAGGGGCUGCUGUCACAAGCGUGCCAAACAUGCUCCAACAGCAGCCUCCGCAGCAGGCCGCGAUGCUCCCCCUGGCUGGCAGCGGAGGUGUGGCAGUGCCUUCGGCAGUACCUACAGCUGACCCAGAGAAGCGCAAGCUUAUCCAGCAGCAGCUGGUCCUGCUGCUUCACGCACACAAGUGCCAGCGUCGGGAGCAGGCCAAUGGGGAGGUGAGGGCCUGUGCCCUGCCUCACUGCCGCACCAUGAAGAACGUCCUCAACCACAUGACCCACUGCCAGGCCGGCAAGUCCUGCCAGGUGGCUCAUUGUGCGUCGUCCAGACAGAUCAUCUCCCACUGGAAAAAUUGCACACGACACGAUUGUCCCGUCUGCUUGCCGCUGAAGAAUGCCAGCGACAAGCGCACCCAGCAGCCUAUGCUGAGCUCUCCCAACACAGGCCUCCAGAACGCCAUGUCUUCAGUUGGAGUGGGCCAGGCCAGUGCUCCCACCAUUAAUACCUCAACCCCAAUAGACCCCAGCUCCAUGCAGAGAGCCUACGCGGCACUUGGGCUGCCUUACAGCAGCCAGGCCACUGGGCAGGCCCCCGCCCAGCAGGCUGCGAGCCCAGGACAGUCAGCAGGGGCACAGAACGCACAGCAACAGCUUUCGCAGCAGAUGAGACCCAUCAAUGCACUUGGUAACCAGAUGGCUCUUGGAGGUGCGGCAAUGGGUGUGACCACUUCAGAACAGACAAACCUGCACUCAGACUCCCUUCCCAACUCACUCAACACUAACAAUCAGCUGCUGUCAGACGGGUCAGCUGUAGGAUCAAUGGGCAACCUACCCACAGCAUCACCUGUCCCUGCCACAGGCACCAGGAAAACCUGGCAUGAGCACGUCACUCAGGACCUGCGCAAUCACCUCGUACACAAACUAGUACAAGCCAUAUUCCCUACCCCUGACCCGGCAGCUUUAAAGGACAGACGAAUGGAGAACCUGGUAGCCUACGCCAGAAAGGUGGAGGGAGACAUGUACGAGUCAGCUAACAGCCGGGAUGAGUACUAUCACUUCCUGGCUGAGAAAAUCUAUAAAAUCCAAAAGGAAUUGGAGGAGAAGAGGCGAUCAAGGCUACAGAAGCAGAUCAUCAACCAGGCACCAAUGGCCGCUCAGGGGACGCAGCAGCCUGGCCUCGCCCAGCCCAAUGCAUUGGGCCCAAGGCCACAGAACGGACCUGUUCCUCUCCCGAACAUGCCAAAUCAGAUCAUGAAUCGCAUGCAGGUUUCCCAAGGACUGAACCAGUUCAACCACAUGACUCUGCCCAAUGCCCAGAUAUCCCAGGCACCCAUGGGAGCUAGAGCUGCUUCACCUAUGAACCAUCCACAGCAAAUGAACAUGAGCUCCGUCCCAGCGAUGGGCCUGUCUCCCUCCAGGAUGCCCCAGGCUCAGGGCAUGAUGGCCGGACAUGGUGGCGGCAACAUGGUGGGCCAGACGGCCAGCCAGGGACAGUUUCUGGCUCAGACCCAGUUUCCUCCAGGAUCUGCUGCAGUGGCUGCGACAGGCGCCAUGAACGUCACCGUGGGCCCUGGCAUGGGUCAGCCACAGGCACAGGCUGCUGUCACGCAGCAGCAGCAGCAGCAGCAGCAGAGUGCUAACCUCCCCAUGAAUGCACUUGGCCCCUCAGUGGGCCCUCAGCUAGCCUCCUCCCAAACCCCCUUGCACUCCACGCCCUCACCUGCUGCCUCCUCCGCCUCUACGGCUGGGGGGGCCACUAACCUGCCGCACCCCCAGCCCUCCAGCCGCAGCUCCACCCCCACCCUCCCUGGCCCUGCUCCAGCCCAGGGUGCCACCCCGCCCCGUCCCACCCAGCCCCAGCCCCAACCCCAGGCAGAGCUUCCCACAGCAGCACAGACGCAGCCCCCGCCUCAGCCCCCGCCUCAGCCCCCUACUACGCCGCUUUCUCAACCAGGAGCCAGUCUGGAUAACCGGGUGCCCACACCAGCCUCAGCCGCCAGCGCUGACCUGCACUCGAAGCAUGUCGGAGCAGACCUGCCUGUCCAGGAGAUCAAAGCAGAGACACACCACGACAAAAAGGUGUUUAAGGCCGCUGGCGGCAAAUCUGAGAGCAAGAUGGAGACAGAGGAGGACUCGGCUUCAAAGUUGAUACAGAAAGAGGAGCCAGAGGGGAAGCAGGAGCCGAUGGAGGUGGAGGAGAAAAAGCCGGAAAUAAAGACAGAACCCAAAGAAGAGGAAGAGGGUGGAGCCAACGGCACAGCCUCCUCCUCCCCCUCUCAGUCACGGAGGAAAAUCUUUAAGCCCGAGGAGUUGCGUCAGGCUCUGAUGCCAACUUUGGAGUCGCUCUACCGGCAGGACCCUGAGUCGCUGCCCUUCAGACAGCCAGUAGACCCCAUGCUUCUCGGUAUCCCGGACUACUUUGACAUUGUCAAAAACCCGAUAGAUCUUUCCACAAUAAAGCGUAAGCUCGACACGGGACAAUACCAAGAACCCUGGCAAUAUGUCGAUGAUGUCUGGCUGAUGUUCAACAACGCCUGGGUCUACAACCGCAAGACAUCCCGUGUUUACAAGUACUGCUCCAAACUGGCAGAGGUGUUUGAGUCAGAGAUCGACCCUGUCAUGCAGGGCCUGGGCUACUGCUGCGGGAGGAAGUAUGAGUUUUCUCCACAAACCCUCUGUUGCUAUGGCAAGCAACUCUGCACCAUACCUACUGGAGGAACAUACUACAGUUACCAGAACAGGUACCACUUCUGUGAGAAGUGCUUCAAUGAGAUCCAGGGGGAGAGUGUGACGUUAGGAGAUGAUCCUACACAGCCACAAACGAUGAUAUCAAAAGACCAGUUUGAACGGAAGAAGAAUGAUGUGCUCGACUCCGAACCGUUUGUUGAAUGUAAAGAUUGUGGACGUAAAAUGCACCAGAUUUGCGUCCUACACUACGACGUCAUUUGGCCGUCUGGAUUCAUUUGUGACAACUGUUUAAAGAAGAGUGGAAAAACACGGAAGGACAACAAGUUCUCUGCAAAACGGCUGCAGUCAACUAGAUUGGGAAUGUACAUAGAGGACCGUGUGAAUAAAUACUUGAAGAGACAAAACCACCCAGAGGCUGGAGAGGUGUUUGUACGAGUGGUGGCGAGCUCCGACAAAACAGUGGAGGUUAAACCAGGCAUGAAAACCAGAUUUGUGGACACGGGUGAAAUGCCUGAGACCUUUCCCUACAGAACCAAAGCACUUUUCGCCUUUGAGGAGAUUGACGGUGUGGACGUUUGCUUCUUUGGCAUGCACGUGCAGGAGUACGGCUCUGAGAGCCCAUUUCCCAACACUAGACGGGUCUACAUAUCAUACCUUGACAGUAUUCACUUCUUCAGACCUCGGCUUCUACGAACAGCAGUGUACCACGAGAUCCUCAUCGGCUAUCUAGAAUAUGUCAAGAAACUCGGGUACGCCCAGGGCCACAUCUGGGCAUGCCCUCCCAGUGAAGGAGAUGAUUACAUCUUCCACUGCCAUCCUCCUGAUCAGAAGAUCCCCAAGCCUAAGAGGCUACAGGAGUGGUACAGGAAGAUGCUUGACAAAGCCUUUGCAGAGAGGAUUCUUCAUGACUACAAGGACAUCUUCAAACAGGCGACUGAGGACCGACUGAUCAGCGCCAAUGAGCUGCCCUACUUCGAGGGUGACUUCUGGCCCAACGUGCUGGAGGAGAGCAUCAAGGAGCUGGAGCAGGAGGAGGAGGAGAGGAAGAAGGAGGAGAACACAGCUGCUUGUGAAACUCCUGAGGGUACGCCAGGUGACAGCAAAAAUGCUAAGAAGAAGAACAACAAAAAGACAAAUAAAAACAAGAGCAGUGUGAGCCGAGCCAAUAAGAAGAAGCCUGGGAUGCCGAAUGUAGCAAAUGAUUUGUCCCAGAAGUUGUACGCCUCCAUGGAGAAGCACAAAGAGGUGUUCUUUGUCAUUCACUUCCACUCUGGUCCCUUGGUCAACACCUUGCCGCCCAUCGUUGACCCCGACCCUUCGCUCUCCUGCGACCUGAUGGACGGCCGUGAUGCCUUCCUGACUCUGGCCAGAGAUAAGCACUGGGAGUUCAGCUCCCUCAGGAGGUGCAAGUGGAGCACCAUGUGCAUGCUGGUUGAAUUGCACAACCAGGGACAGGAUCGUUUUGUCUACACUUGCAACGAGUGCAAGCACCAUGUGGAGACACGUUGGCACUGCACCGUGUGUGAGGACUUUGAUCUUUGCAUCAGUUGUUAUAACAUAAAGGGCCACGAGCACCAGAUGGUGAAGUGGGGCCUCGGCCUGGACGACGACAGCAACGGCCAGAGUGGAGAGGCCUCCAAGAGCCCGCAGGAGAGCCGACGCCUAAGUAUCCAACGCUGCAUCCAGUCCCUGGUCCAUGCUUGUCAGUGUCGCAAUGCCAACUGCUCCCUGCCAUCCUGCCAGAAGAUGAAGCGAGUGGUUCAACACACCAAGGGCUGCAAGCGCAAAACCAACGGUGGCUGCCCCGUUUGCAAGCAGCUUAUUGCUUUAUGCUGUUACCAUGCAAAGCACUGUCAGGAGAACAAGUGUCCUGUCCCGUUCUGCCUGAACAUCAAGCACAAGCUUCGCCAGCAGCAGCUGCAGCACAGGCUCCAGCAGGCCCAGCUGAUGAGGAGGAGAAUGGCCACCAUGCAGGGAAGAACCAUGCCGCUGCCAUCCCCUCCGGCCUCAGCUGCCCCCAGUACCCCCACUUCCCAUGGCCAGCCUAACACUCCCCAGACACCCCAGCAGCCACUCUCCAAUCAGCCGCAGACGCCCAACUCAUCAGGUGUCAUGGCCCCUUCUUUUUCCAAUGCACCUCGUAAUGGCCAGCCUCAAGCACCAGUAUCCCAGGGCAAGCCUGGGCCCCAGGCCUCCCCUCUACACCAGCAGCAGUCUCCUCUCCCCCAGCCGCCCCAGCCACCUCAGCAGAUGCAGCAGCAGCCUCCCCUUGCUGCAGUCAAGAUGGCGCGGCACAUCGAGAUGAUGGCACAGGCCCAGCAGAACCAGCAGAACUACCGGGUCAACAUGAACGGUUUGCCCAUGAACCCCCAGCAGCCACAGCAGCGCAUGACUGGACCAAUUCAGCCACCCAUGCAAAUGGUGCCUGGGCCCAGGGGACCGCAGGUGAUGCAAACCGGCAUGGCCCCAGGACAGUGGCCCGGAGCUGCAGGGCCCAUGCAGGCAGCUCAGACUCAACAACCAGGCCUCGUCCCUGGCCAGACGCCACAGCAGGCCAUGACCAUGCAGAGAGCCAUGAUGCUACCAGGGCAGCAGCCUCAGCAGGGUCAGAGGAUUCUGAUAACACAGCAGCCAGGUGCCCGGCCACAAACACCCCAGAGACCUGGUGCUAUCGCUCCCAAUGCCCUGCAGGACCUCCUACGCACCCUCAAGUCUCCCAGCUCACCGCAACAGCAGCAGCAAGUUCUCAACAUCCUCAAAUCAAACCCUCAGCUAAUGGCUGCUUUCAUCAAACAGCGAACAGCCAAGUACCAUGCCAACCAGCCACAGCAGCAGCAAGCAGGUCAGCAACAACAGCCCAGCAUGCCUGCAAUGCAGGCCAUGGCCAUGCCAGGAGGAGCAGUGCAGAGGCCGGGGAUACCCCCACAGCAGCCGCAGCAGCCUCCUGCGCAGGGCAUGGCAGCUUUAGGGGCUCAAGGACAGCUGUUGAACAACAACCCCCAGCUCCAGGAGCUCUACCGUCGGCAGCUCUUAAGACAACAACAACAGCAGCAGCAGCAACAGCAACAGCAGGGGGUGAUGCCUCAGGGCCACCCUGGCCAGUUCCCUGCACAAACGCAGGGUACAGCAGCUACAUAUUCCCAGAUCCGCAUGCAGCAGCAGCAGCAGCAAAUAGCCAUGCAGACAGGCCCAGGAGCAGCUGGGGGUCCCAUGGGCCAGCUCCCACCCUUGUCUCAGAUGGCCCAGCCAGGCAUGGGGAUGGACCCCAGCCAGAACUUGCUGCAUCAGCGAAUGCUCCAACAGCAGCAGCAGCAGCAGCUUCCCCAGCAGCAGCAGGCCGUCCUCAAGCAGCAGAUGGGCUCCCCCGCCCAGCCCAGCCCGAUGAGCCCCCAGACCCACUUGCUGGCUGGCCAGCCCCAGGGUGGAGCCCACCUUCCUGGUCAGCCCACACUAGCCAACACCCUCAGCAACCAGGUCCGUUCCCCUGCGCCCGUCCAGUCCCCCUGUCCGCCUUCGCAACAGCCGCCACAUUCCAGUCCAUCGCCGCAGAUCCAGCCCCAGCCCUCGCCACACUCGGGUUCCCCGCGCCCGGGACUCGGGGGCUCGCUGCAAUCCAUGGAGCAGGGACACUUGGGGACACCAGAACAGAGUGCCAUGCUGCCGCAGCUUAACACACCCAACAGAGCAGGGCUGAACAGUGACUUGGGGAUGGUGGGAGAUGCUACAGGGGACACUCUGGAGAAGUUUGUGGAGGGAUUGUAGCAUUUCUGCUGGGAACACAAUCUCACUCCCAGGACCCAUCCUCCCAAUGCUCUUCUUCCUCCUAGCUUCCCUUCGGACUCUUUAUGCUGUUCGCUUUGUUCUUUCUAUGGUUGAGAAUGGUUUUUUUGUACUGAGUAAAAAGUUGUUGUAAAAAGAAAAUUUGGUUGAGAAAAAUACAAAACUAAAAAAAGUCAACACUUCUGGGGAAUUGUUUCCUAAACCCAAGUGGAAGGGUGUUUCCUCCUUAAGAUGUUGAGGAAUUUGCAAGAUGCUUCUAAGAUAAAAUUUAAAUCACAAAGAAUAUAUUUUUUGGUUGAGACCAAAUGUGUUCAAUACUCAAUUUUAUUUUUGGUUUGUUUUUGGUAUGUUUCAUGCCUUUCUCAUUCUUCUUUCUUUUUUUAAGGAAAAUGUACAAUUUCAUUAUAUUAUUCAUAUCUUUUUAUUUUGUACCUUUGGAAAAAAACUUAAAGCAUAUUUGUGUUGAAACUGUAAAAUAAUUUGUCUGGGAAUUGGGCCAGGUUUUUGUUCUCAAACUGUCACUCCUGGCAAUGUAAUCUAGUGUUGUACCAUUACUCCAAGACGAUGCGUUCAGGGACAGGGACUGCUCCCUUCCUCUUUGUGUGUAUGAAGAGCACUCAGUUGUAUUAAAACUAGGAAAUGGAUUGCGCCAGGUUGUGUAUACAUGGGCAUGUAUGCAGGCACACAUGAAGACACUGACACAAACCCUCACAGUCACUAAGAGAAACACAGCUUUGACUGGUUUCACCUACAAAGAUGACAAAGGACUGCAAUCUACAUCUCAGUGGCCUGGAAUUUGAAAAAAAGAAGUGUCUGGCAGGUGUAGAAAAUUGUUGCUUUGACAUUAAAAAGAAUUUGUCAUACAUUUUUGUCAUACAAAUAUUGUAAAGUGUAACGAGUGUGAGAAAGAGACCAGCCCCCUAAGCUGAGGUGGAAUGAUCACCGGUUGUUCGUAGGCCACAUCUCCAAUCAUGCCCCUUCCUCUAAAUUGUACACUAAGUGGUGUGUUAUCUAGGGAUGAAGGACACGUUUGAGAUUCACCCUGGAAAAAUGUUAAAUGUUUUGUCAACCCUCAUUCCUCUCACAUGAAAACUUGAAUUAGGGGGAUUUACUUUUUCUUCUAUUGUAAAUCAAGUUAUUAAGCAAAAUACUAUAAAUAUAAGGAAGAGAGAAUGAAAUCACUGUAUAUACUGGUUAAAGACUCAUUUCUUACUUAUAUACCAUAUUGUUAAAUAAACUGUGUGCAGCAGAAGAACUCCAGGACUCUGUUGGCUAAAUAA